UAGAUAGAUUACUCAAGUCUUUUAUUGGUUUAAAUAACUAUUUGUAAUAAGUAGAUUCCACUUAAACAGAAUUUUAUGUUACAAGUUUUUUUCCAUUGUUAACUAUUUUAAUGGUCAUAUUAAAAUUGAUUCAAAAGGAACAAGGUUAUGAUGAAAAAAUUAUAUUCCUUUGGAAAUUACAAAAGCCAACUUAUAUACUAGAAUUUGCGGAUAUCUUGAAGAAAUUGCAUGAAUUCAAUAAUUUUAAAUAUAAAGAUUAUAUAAUCCACUGGAAUGGCGAUCAUGGAGUAUAUCAAAUUACAAAUACACAAGAUCUUCGGGAUGCACUCAAAGAAUUAUAUCGUAAAUAUAUCAAGGAUCGAUGUGUUCGACUUCAUGUCACUCCAUUGCCUCAUUACCAUGAGUAUGGACCACCUCCUCCGUAUGAAUUAUGUUCUUCCUGAUGUCUACACUAUAUUUCACUGAACAUAAAGUAUUUCUGAAAGUGUGUUUCAUAUUAAUGUGUAGUUUUGUAAAUAAAGUAACUAGUAAUUACCGUGAAGUGAAUUA